AAUGAAGUGGUUUAAGAGCGAGGGCCCAGGUCAUGCUUAUGCGCACGUACCCGCUUCGAGCAUGAAGGUGCAGAGGGCCAAGAGCGCAGGCGAUGUCAGGAAUUUGAAGUUAUGGGGGACAAGUGCUCGACGUAGAAAUAAGGGGCCUCUCGACGUGGAAAUCGACGUAGGUUUCCUUUUAUUUGAUUUUUGUCGUCCUUACUUCUGCAAGGUAGAUCAUGUCUAGUAGAUCUAGAUUAUCUACUUUAGAGAAAAGGAUGACUCGUCAUCCACUCGUCCCAACUAGCAAGGAAAACUCGGCACCCGCCACUCCCACAUUACUAAAGAAAAGGAAAACUCGUCAUCCACUCCCAAACACCCUUACUCGUGAAUGGAAGUAACCAAUUCGAUUAUAUUUGUUAAUCGAAUGAAUCAUGCUACAGCGUGCACUUUUCUUCUAUUCCCGCCACACAUCCUCUAAUCUGUACGCACGUAACGCACAGUGUGAUGCCGUACGCUAGCCGGUUUUUGAAUAACAGGGUUCCUCCAGGUGGUGGCCCGUUAAUGCGGACGAGCUGGAGCGGUCAGUACAUGGAAUGGCUCUGGAGUACAGGGUAUUAUCGCUUUGAUUUUAUUUGGACAGUACAUGGAAUGGCUCUGACGUACAGAACAGGGCAAUUAGGCUACUAAACAGGGUAAAAGUUUGAAUUUUUCUAAGGCCAAGUAACAAGAGCGAGGUUAUGGAUUCCUCUUUCUUUCUCUACUCGAUAGUUCUUUGGUUCUCCCUUCCAACAUUAAUCAAUCUUUCUCGAAAGACCCUGCAUGAAUCAGUCAGAAAGACAAAACUUAUUCGCGUGCACCUUCUUCAGAAAACUACAUCUCCAUUAUGCCUUAGGUACCUUAUUUGUCAUAGAUAUCAAACCUGUCGUCGUUCAGACACGACGACUAAAAUCCCUAUAGAAAAGUCUAUACCUCCCUCAGGCACGAUUUUGGGCAUCGGCAUAGUAGCAAUUUGAAGAAUGGGAGUAGUAUCUUCUUCAACCCCAAGGCUUCGCAGAAGGGAGAUGACAAGAAUACUACUUACAAGUGGGAUACGAAAAACAGCAUGGCCGAGCUCUAUUUAUGGCUUUGA